AUUUGUUCUGGCAAAGUUCCCAUGAUUGUCCAUUUGCGUUGAGAGCUCUAUUCCAAGUCACUAUCUUGUUUUCUCUUUCUAAGAUCCGCUUUCUCUCUCUAAAAUCUUUGAGUUCGUUCGUUCGUUUCGCUCCUCUUCCUUUCUGGGUUUGUUUGUUUGUCUUCAGCAAAGUUCAAAAAAAUCCAAAAUUCUCUAAAUCUUUGUGUCUUUCUUGAUUCUUGAUUCUUGAUUCUUGUUCCCUGUUUCCACUGUUUCAUCACCCUGGACUGACUUUUAAAAGUUUUUUCACCAAAAGGAAAAAAGAUGACAGUUGAGGAAGUUAGAGGGGGUGUUUUGGGUAAUGAAAUUGACAGGUUUCCCAUUGGCAUGAGAGUUCUUGCUGUUGACGAUGAUCCAACUUGCUUGAAAUUAUUAGACGGGCUUCUAAGAAAAUGUCAAUAUCAAGUUACAACAACAAAUCAAGCGAUAACAGCAUUGAAGAUGCUAAGGGAAAAUAGAAACCGAUUCGAUUUGAUCAUUAGUGAUGUUUACAUGCCAGACAUGGAUGGUUUCAAGCUUCUCGAACUCGUUGGCCUCGAAAUGGACUUACCCGUUAUCAUGUUAUCAGGAAACAGUGACCCAAAGCUUGUAAUGAAGGGGAUCACUCAUGGUGCUUGUGAUUAUUUAGUGAAGCCAGUUCGCCUUGAGGAGCUAAGAAACAUAUGGCAGCAUGUGAUUAGGCGAAAAGUUGAGUCAAAAUCGCAGUCAAAGUCAAAGUCAAACAAUGAUCAUGAUAAAUCAGAUCAAGGGACUGAAAAUGGAGAUCAGAAUGUGAAGUCGAAUAGAAAAAGAGGAAUUGAAGAUGAAGAUGUUGAAGAAAAUGGACAUGAAAGUGAUGAUCCAUCGGCUCCAAAGAAGCCUCGUGUUGUUUGGUCAAUUGAUCUUCAUAGAAAGUUUGUUGCUGCUGUUAAUCAAUUGGGGAUUGAGAAAGCUGUGCCUAAAAGGAUUCUUGAUUUGAUGAAUGUGGAUGGAAUUACUAGGGAAAAUGUAGCAAGUCAUCUCCAGAAAUAUAGGCUUUACCUAAAGAGGAUCAGUCAUCAAGCUAAUAUGGUGGUUGCAUUUGGUGGAAGCAAAGAUGCAUCUUCUUACAUACGGAUGAAUUCUCUUGAUGGACUUGGAGAUUUUAGGACAAUAUCAUCUACAGGAAGAUUGCCAGGUGGCACGUAUGCGCCAUCUGGCAUGCUUGGUAGGCUCAACAGUGCAACGGGUGUGACCCUUCAUAGCCUCACGGGCCCACCUAUGGGGAUUCCAACAUCUUUUGAUCUUGAGCAUCAACAAUAUAAUAAUAAACCGAAUACACAACUUGCGGAUUUUGGUUCGGUUGAAGAAUCUCGAAUCUUUACAGGUACCAAACUGGCUGAUUUCAAUUCCAUUGAUGAAUCUAGGAUCUUUACAGGUUCUAGCACCUUCACGGAUCCAAGUGCAGUUCUUGGAAGUCAAUCUGUUUUAAAGCUAUCUUCUACAGGCCCAGAAUCUCUUAAUCUUCUUUCAACUAGUUCAACCUUUCUUGAUAAUCAGUCAACAAACUUCUCUUCAAAUCAACUGCCAAUCGAAAACUACAGUUAUCCUGUUACUGUUAAUGGCGGAUUUGCUUCCAACAUCACCACCACCGCCUCUGUGCCUCUUGAACCUAGUGGUGGUGGUGGUGGUGGUUUGGUUGGUGACAUUAUUCGCAAUGCUAAUCAAUCUUUAUCAAAUCAAAACCAAAAUCACAUCCAAAAAAUCGGGAUAUAUAGUGGUAGUAAACAAGAUUAUAUCCAAUACUCUCACAAUGCUUUUAGCACACUAGCCUCUUCAGCUGGUGGUGGUGGUGGUUUGGGUGGUGGUCUGGUGAGCCAUGGUAGAUCAAAUGGUGGUGGUGGUGGUGGUGGUUCAACCCUUACACAAACCGAGAAGCUAAGUAUGCGCUCCAAUGAAGAUUUUCCAUUUGAUCAGACAAAAUUGCAAGGUGGUUUUGUUGCAAACAAUGGUUAUGGUUCAUUGGAUGAUCUUAUGACUGGAAUGAUGAAAAGGGAGCAAGAGUCAACAAUCAUAAUGGAUGGAGAAUUCGGAUAUGAUGAUUAUGGUUUCGGGCCGAAUGAUGAUUCUAGUUAGGUGUUUGACUCGUAGAGAAAGAUUAAAAGAGUCUACAAUUUCAACAACUUAGGUUUUUAUCGUUUUCCUCGUAUGUAAUUUAGAGUUGCUCUUGGUUUUUUUAUCAUCAUGGAUGUGAUGGCGAAUAUUAUAUUAAUUUUGCUUUAGUUUUUUUCCGCAACGCAUGUUUUUCUUGCAGUUUAAUGGUCAUAAUGCAAAGGCAUAUCUUUUUCUUGAUACUUAUGUGGCUUGUAGC